AUGGCUCGGCAUCACCGCGGUGAGCAACUUGACGGCCGUGGGCUGCCAGCAAGUCAGCCAUGGCAUCUUACCCCCCUCCAAGCGCACCUCGUGGCUGGUACAGGGGAAUUUGUGGGCACUUUCUUCUUCCUGUUCUUUGGGUACGCAGGUCAUCUGAUGGUGAUUGACGAAUCGACUGCUCCUCCAGCAACACCAGGAGCCGUACAGACCAUUCUGGUAGCCUUGACAUACGGGUUCUCGCUUCUCGUAACUGCUUGGGCCUUUUAUAGGAUCAGUGGUGGCUUGUUUAACCCUGCCGUCACAUUUGGCAUGUGCCUGGCCGGUCAGCUGCCAUGGGCGCGGGCGGCAUUUCUCAUCCCGACACAAGUCAUCGCCUGUUUAUGCGCGGGCGGUGUGGUGAAGGUCUUGUUUCCUGGAGACAUCAGUGCUGUCAAUACAGUUCUUGUACCAGGGGUCAAUGUAGCCCAGGGGCUCUUCGCUGAAAUGUUCUUCACCUCGUAUCUGGUGUUCGUCAUCCUCAUGCUCGCUGCUGAAAAAUCGAAGGACACUUUCCUCGCCCCCAUUGGAAUUGGGUUGGCUUUGUUCGUGGCCGAGAUUCCUGGCGUUUACUACACCGGCGGCUCUCUCAAUCCCGCACGCAGCUUAGGAUGUGCAGUGGCUGGAACCACCUUUCCUGGUUAUCAUUGGAUCUAUUGGCUGGGUCCAGCUAUGGGUGGUGCGCUAGCUGCUGGCUACCACCGAUUUGUGCAUGUUUGUCACUAUGAAGAAGCCAACCCUGGUCAGGACGAUUCUGCGCCGGAGCUUUGA